GCGUGCUUUGUAUGUGUGCCUGAAAUGAAACUCAGUGUCUUUUUCCCUUUUUUUUUAUUACAUUAUUAUUACUUUUUCCCUUGAAAUGAUCCCCUUUGUAGAUUAUUACUGCUCUUGUUCAACCAAGGAUAAUUUGGAGGGAAACAGUGACGAAAGUACAGAAUCCGUCACUGGCUUACAUUUGCUUUCAAAAAAGGCCAAAAACUAUCUUUAUCCACUCUCUCGUUUAUAUUUUUGUGAAGAUUGUCAUCAGAUUCGUUGUCCCUCUUGUGUACAAGACGAAAUAGUAUCUUAUUAUUGUCCAAACUGUCUUUUUGAGGUCCCUACUGCAAGUGUCAAGAGUGAAAAAAACAGAUGUGCUCGUAACUGCUUUCAAUGUCCUAUCUGUCAAAACACUCUUUCUGUUGUUGCAUCUCAAGAACCUAACCAGACAUCAACAACAGUAACAGCACCAGCAGGUCCUUACUUCCUGGCUUGUAAUGUCUGUAGGUGGACUUCACAAGAAAUUGGCAUGACAUUUGAAAAACCAACUAGUUUAGCACUACAACUUCAAAAGAACGAAGAGGCUUUACCGGACGCUAAAGAGUUUGAUCAACUCAAGGAACACUUUGAAAAGCAUCUCCGAGUGAAUUCAGUACCGUCUUUGACUACCAGUUUCUUAUCUUUCACGAGUUCAUCAGCAUUUAAUAAAUACAUGCAUAAUGAUUCUUCUGGAUCAGGAGGCAAAAUUGAUGAUAUCGACGGAUAUGAGCCUAGUGUACAAAUACCAGAUGAUGAUCUCAAGCUGUUGGACUCUAUGAUUACUUUGAGAAAUAUAGAUAAAGUAUCAACCUUAACACAGAGAUCAACUCAACUUCAUGAUCAACCAUAUGAAUUAGGAAAGAUACACCCUCAACGUAUUCAUCUCGCCAUCAAACGAUCUAAACGAUGCCGCACCUGUAGACACAUCCUGAUUAAACCAGAGCAGAAAGCACAGGCAACACGAUUCAAGAUAAAGUUGGUCGCUAUGAACUAUAUACCCAAUAUCACCUUAAUACCCAAAAAGAAUUGGCCACUGCAAGUCAAUGUACCCACUCAGAUCUUGCUCAAGUUCACUAAUCCCUUGUAUGAAGAAAUGCACAUCACAUUGGCAACGCCACUACUAAAAGAGAAUGCCAGUGGUAGAGUGACAAUUCUGUCUCCUCAUUUUACAGUGGGAGCAUAUAAUGAGACGAUGGAAUACGAUGAUGAAAUGUAUCCUCGACGCAAUAAUAAUCACUUGAGUGUAAAUAAUAAUUUCAUGAAUAUCGAUGGUGUUUAUGAAAAGAGAAAUAAUUAUACAAGCAUCAUUAUCGAGGUGGUGCCUGAAGAAAAAGGGGAAUUUAAGUUGCCCUUAUUAGUGACAUAUAAUUACAAGUCAGAUGAGGAUCGUAUGGACGUAUCCUCUGGAGAUAUUGAUGCAGAUGAUAUUAUGGAUGAUACAGAUGAUAAUAGUAGUUUGGGUAAAAAGUCUAAUAUAAGAUUAGAAGAUGAUAAAAUCAAGAGCUAUUCAUUUUGGUGUUUGAUUGGCCUUGGAUCAACUGAUUAAAAGCAAUAAAAAGCCCAUUUAAUGUUAUUUUAUCCAAGUAAAAGUUCAUAAAUUAUAACAAUGAUGUUUAUACCAAUUAAUGGAA